GCCAAGUCAUGACUCGGCGCGCCAAAAUUAUGAGUCCCUAACGUAGACGUCGGCACUGGUCGUAGACGUAUAAUACAGCAACCCGACACUUGAACACAUUGACAAUGUCGCCGGCAAUCACAAAGAAUGCUGAAUAUGCCAUAUUGCCAGAAUCUGCUGGUGUCACAAAUUACAUUCGAGACAAUUUGGCAGCGCCAGAAGACUCUACAGACCACGUAUUAGCUCUCCAAGUAAUUCACAGCUUACGACACGAACACAAUUGGACUGCGCUUGAACUCCAUACGAUAUCUCCUUUAUCGCCUUUUACUCUACUUCCACGUCCCCUGGUCUCGGGUCUCCCACCCCACAGAUUGUACAUGCACCCAGAUGAGCAAAUUGAGCUACUGAAAGAGGCAAAGAACCGCAAGAAGGAUGCAGAUGCAAAGACGAAAGAAGGAGAUGAGGACAACAAGGGAGCCGAGACUUCCAAAAAAAGAGUCGCAAAGUCUGGUCAGCCAUCUGGCCUGGACUUGCAAGCUGAGCCUGAGCGCGAAUGGGUGUUACCAACAAGAUUGAAUGAGAAAUGGAGCCUCAGGCGCAUGGCCGAGAUAUUCGACACAAUAGGGAUCAUACCUCCUGAAAAUGCUACGACGGAUACACUCCAAGUUCAGAAAACUGGGCAGAAGACCACGGCUGAAGAUGCAGCCUCGACGAAGAGCAAAUGGAGGACAUGCAAGAGAGUGCUGAUGGCUAUUGUAGAUCACGACAGCACGAUCUCCUAUUAUAUUGUGCAAGAGGGCCUUGUGAAACCACGACAAAACUGAACUGGAUUUAAAUAUUUCAGCCAUGCGCAACUUGGACUGAUACCCCUGGCAUCACAGUGCGCAAUAUAUGCGACAAUGGCCGCUGGACAUGGAAGACAAUGACACUUUAGGGCUCUCGCGUUAGGAAUAUUGAGUAUCUGUAUGACGGAUGACGCAGACAUGGAACAUUACCUGCUCCACUCACAGUGAGCCAUCAUGCCACUUUCGACCGAGGGGAUAGCAGUCGCCCGUGAUGUUCGCUUGAGCAAGUCUUGGUCAUCACUACCGCUGGCUAUUGUCUAGGCGAUGGUG